AGCCGAUUGUAGGAAUGUGGAUGUAAGUCAAACACAUGAUGCUGUAAAUAUGAUCAGUGUCAGUUUCUGUCUGUAAUAUAUCAUACAACGGUAUAGUCCAUAACUUGUAAAUUCUUCUGAUAAAGCUGAACAGCGACCACGUGCCAAAUACGGGAUACGUUAAUUAAGUAUCUAUUUAUUAUAUCCACUGAGACUAUAUAGAAUUCAGUCUGGCGCUUUACUUUGGAAAGAUAUAAAAAAUAAUUAAUAUGUGUGCGUGUGCCGGUCAGACUGAAAGUAAUAUUUUCUUACUAUAUAAGUGAAUAAAGAAGGAUAUACAUAUACCCGCUGAUGUAAACCUAUAACGAAGAUUUAUUAUGUAUUGGAGAUAAUUAUCACAAAAAAAUAAUUCUUGCAUGGAAUGGAUGUCUGAGAUAAUAAAGUAAUAUGCUGUUUAGUUAAGUACAGAAAUGGCUCUUUUCCCAGUUUGACUUUUGUUGUUACUUGGAAUAUACGUCCAUGUUUAUUUGAAAGAAAUCAUUAUUUGAAUAUGGUAUGGAGUUUGGAUUUAUAUAGUUCUAAAGGUAUACAUGCAUAUAGGUAGGAAGGUAAAUGAUGCCAGCUCUUGAUGGUCUAACAGGAAUUGUUCUUAUUGCCAUAUUUGGAUCAGUGUUCGUGAUCACGUGCAUUAUUUCGGCAAUCAAAGCAGUCAGGGACAGGGCACGUAUAAAGAAACGAAUAGCCGUUCGAGAAAAGGAAAAACUGGAAAACGGUUUUGUAGAUGAGGAAAGAUGCUCCCGUACUGAAAACAUUUCGUCUUCCUCGCAAUACUCUUCUAAAAGUUGUAAGCCGACAUAUUCUGGCAACAACAGACUUUCUAAUGGUACAAGUUGCUCGAGUGGCUCUGUGGAGCACCUUGAUUUAUCAGUGUAUUCCAUCAGCACAGGAGUGGAUAACUUGAUUUUUCAACACAGUUACGCGAAUAUUGCUUACGCCGACGAGAACUGUCGCGUAUCACCACAAAAAUCAAAAACAGUCGCUGAAAUCGUGCCUCCCUGUCAAAUUACCGUACCAAAGCGUGUUAAAUCGUUCCAGAAAAUCAUGCGCAGACAUUCCUAUGACAUUGCCGUCUGCGAACAUUCAUGGUUGUCGCAAGAAAUACCUUGUGUUUCACCAUCGCAGCCGAUAGUGGACACUUUGAACAGCAAGGAAAAUGUAGAAACUAACACAAAAUACUUGAAAGCAGAUUUUGAAAAUAUAGCUUAUGAUAAAGGCGAUGACUUGCAGACUUAAUAGUUAAAAUGUGUUAUCCAUUCCAAGUUCUAAAAGUCGUUCAUACAUAUAUGUAAUGACCAUGUAUGGAUCUUCUUGAAGUUUUUUUAUCUAACAGUGUUGUGUUCUCUUUUGAAAUACUAUUUGCACAGCUUUGCAACAAAAGGACACCGGUUUGCAGACUUCCUACAGUGCGGCUUAUUCAAAACCUUGCAACCU